GCAUUCAGUAGUUACAAAGAUACAGCCGGUUCCGCGAGUUGAAAGUUUAACGCUUGUUUGGCAGAAAUCCCUGCGAUAUGAGUUAGUAACCCCCCGGGAAAGGAUACGUUUGGCCAAUGAGGUCUGCAGUUUCAGGAGCGUUGAUUCUAUUGGGAAUGGGCAGAGUGAUAAAACACAGUCCAUGGGAAAGGAAAAUCCAAGGCUACUUUUGCAAUUGAGGCAGGAGAAAUCGUCUCUUCGUCUGCAAAAAUGUCCUUACGAUCUGGUUCAAGAACUUAUGAUGGAGAGGAGACAAAGACGGUGGCGAUUGUUGGUGGUGGCUUAGUUGGUGCUUUAAAUGCAUGUUUCUUCGCAAAGCGAGGUUUUCAAGUGGAACUUUAUGAAGCACGCAAAGAUAUUCGAACUGCAAAAGAUGCAAGGGGAAGAAGCAUCAAUCUUGCAUUAUCUUACAGAGGAAGGCAGGCUCUAAAAGCUAUUGGCAUGGAAAACCAAAUAGUGUCUAAGGGCAUUCCCAUGAAUGGGCGAAUGAUCCACUCCCUGUCAGGCAGCAAGUCUUCUAUUCCUUAUGGAACAAAAGGCCAGUAUAUCUUGUCAGUGGAUAGAGCAAAUUUAAACCGAGCAUUAUUAUUUGCUGCUAAUCAAUACCCAAACGUUAAGUUAAACUUUGAAAAGAAAUUGCAACACUACAGUGCUGAUAAGGGGAUCCUGACAUUUAUCAGGCCGGAUGGCUCGAAAUGUGAAGUAUCUCCUGACCUUGUUGUUGGAUGUGAUGGAGCCUUUUCAACUACAAGAAAGCAGUUUAUGCGACAAGUCAGGUUUGAUUACAGCCACGUGUACAUCCCUCAUGGUUACAUGGAGCUUACAAUACCCCCUAAAAAUAGUGAUUUUGCAAUGGAGCCUAAUUUUCUUCACAUAUGGCCUAGAAACACCUUCAUGAUGAUUGCUUUGCCCAAUUUGGACAAGUCAUUUACCUGUACUCUCUUCAUGCCUUUUGAAGAAUUUGAGAAGCUCACCACAGGAGAUGAAGUGCUUCAAUUUUUCAAGAAAUACUUUCCAGAUUCCAUAUCUCUAAUAGGAGUUGAGGCAUUGAUGCAGGAUUAUUUCCGUUUGCCAGCCCAGGCUAUGAUUUCAGUGAAGUGUUCCUCCUACCAUAUCGGUUCCAAGUGUGUGUUAAUGGGAGAUGCAGCACACGCUGUUGUUCCUUUUUAUGGCCAAGGCAUGAAUGCAGGCUUUGAAGAUUGUAUUGUCUUUGAUGAAUUAAUGGACAAGUUUCACAAUGAUAUCGGUAAGUGUCUUCCAGAGUUUUCAAUGUCACGUGUACCAGAUUGCCAUGCUAUUGCUGAUCUGGCCAUGUACAACUAUGUGGAGAUGCGUAAGCAUGUGAACUCAAAAUGGUUUAUUUUCCGCAAAUAUGUGGAUAAUUUCCUCCAUUACUGUAUGCCAAGGACUGUUGUGCCUUUAUAUACCAUGGUGACUUUUACCAGAAUACAAUACCAUGAAGUGGUACAGCGGUCAAAACGGCAAAACAAGAUUAUCAAUACCAUGCUGUUUGUGAUGGGAGCAAUUGCAACAAUCACAGGAGUGGUCUUUCUUUUCAAGCAUUUUCCUCAGGAACUUAAUAUGCAGCAGCUGAAGAAUUGGAAUUUUAUCUUUAAGUAACUUGAAGCAGCUAAGUGGGCAACAAAUUUCUGGCAGUUUAAUAGGAAAUGGAAAUUCAAUAUUUUUCUAAUUUAAGAGAUGACAGUCUGAUUUUCCUCUGAGUAGUAAGGAGCUAACAUUAUUAGAAAAUGUUUUUUAUGUGUCAGCCAUUGGUAUCUAUUGCCCCCUGCACGCAGGGCAUAAUUUCACCUGCAUGGAGGUGGCAGAAGAGGUUGUGAGAAGGGGAGGUAAAGAAGUAAGCUGGCCCUGGAGAGAAACUCAUUAUUGUCACCUCAACAAUUAAAUGGUCAUGAGUAUUUUUUAUUUUAUUACUAGCCUAUUCAUUAUUACUCACUUCUGGAGCAGGGUGGGGGGGAGGGGGACUUGAACCUAGGCCUCCUGUCAUAGAGGUAGGGGCACUAACACUGCCAACAGAAACCCUUGCUAGCAAUUAAGUCUAUUUUAUUGUCAAUUACUGGCCACAUACAGGCCUCAGUUUGUUUCUUCCCUGACCACCUGCCUCCCUGGUGGGUGAGGAAAGUGGCUAGUUUUCAGAGUGAGAAGCUUUGGUAACUUACCUGCCAAGAUGGGAAAGAGGAGUCUCUCGAACUGAUCCAAACUGAAGGCAGUCGGAGACAUGGAUGGAUGGAUGGCAAAAACUGGACCACACUUCACAUGACCCCGAUAAAUAAAUACUUCUCACCACUGGUCCCUCAAUCACGGAGCCACAGGGUCAUUUACACGGACAUUCGGAUCCAGAAACUGCUGGGCUGUGAUUGGCAGGCCGCAGUGUUGAAGACUGUGAUAGGAUGAGAUAUCCUCCCUCAACAUUCUACUUUUCAUGACCUAGUUGUUGUGUAGUUGGGUGAGCUAUCUUGUCCACAGGGGUGACGUGUUGGUUGUCACUUAAAAUGCUAUCUCCAACCUUUGAAAUAAAGUGGAAAAAUUCUUCCCUUAGUUUAAUUAUUAACCUUGUUUCGUAAUUCAUCGACAGCCAAUGUAGUGUGUUUUGGCAGGAAUAGAAGCGAGAGACAAAGAUUGGGCUGUUGCCCUGUUUCCAAACAACAGCAAAGUGAUGGCGGCCUGAAAAUCACAGGGUAGCACUCAUCAAUCCAUUUCUCUUGCCAUCCACCAUGUCCCAUUUUUGGAGUAACAGUUGAAACAGAAGAGCAGCAGUCUGUGUCAAAUCAGCCAGUACCCAUCUUACAACAUGGAUAUCAGGUUCCUUUGCCUUAAGUGGGAAGCAUUGGUUGCAAUGACAUUUUUACAGUGAUCUUCAAAGGAAUUGCUGCAGAAAGCUGUAAUUUAAAAAAUACACACUCUCUCGCACUAACUUUUGUGGCCCCUACAUAGGCUGAUUCAUUUCUCAGUGCCAAGACUUCAUGUCACAACCCUCCAACAUUUCUGAUGGCACCUACUUCCCCUAUCACUACCUUCUUCCAUACUAUGAUGUGGCAGAGCCGGCAUUGGAUUGGCGUGGACAAAGUUAAAAAUCACACAACCACAGGUUAUAGUCCAACAGGUUUAUUUGGAAGCACGAGCUUCAUCAGGUGGUUGUGGAACAGGGCCAUAAGGCACAGA